AUGAAAACAGUGCUAGUGUUUAGUUUCGCCACUGCUCUUCUCGUUGUGGAAGCAGUCGUUGUUAGCACUUUGGAUGCAUCUUCUGAAAACGACCAAGCAAUAUUUGAUGCCCAGCACUAUCCAUGUGGAAUUCUGGUUGAUGCCCAAUACAACAUCAAUGUGAACGGCGCGUGCGACAGCCAACCGAAUACUCGAGCCAUUCUGCAUAUUGAGCUUGUUGAUCAGGGGUUGGCUGUAUUCGAGGAUAACCCGGAUCCGGCCAGCGGUAGUUGGUACGGUUCCAAGUCUCGUAGAGCUGAGUCAAGCGAGGCGGAUCACGAUAUUUCUGGGUUCACACCAGCGAGUGAAGAAUCGAGGACAUCAGGGCUUGUGGCCAUAGCACCUCCCCUCGGUAUGAAUGGGUAUUCUGUAAGCGAGGAUGAAGAAACUAAAGCGGUUCCAACAUCUAUUGCUGUUUGGGAGGUCCUUUAUUGCCCUUUUGGUGCAUUAGCCAAUGGCGAUUACAAGCUCAAUAUCGAACUAGUCGGGACCAAAAGCGAUAUCAGACCUGCUCACUACAGCAUCUACAUGCACGGCAUAUGCACUGAAUUCACACUGGAGUCCCACGAGUUUGUUGACGAUAUUACUAUGAUUUCUUGGCAGCCGGACACACCAUUAAGUGGAUCUAGAAAGCGGCGCGACAGCAUAAGUCAGCACACCAAGACAGUCGAUUUUGCGAGUCAGAAACCAUUUCAACUUGCUCACUUCGCAUAUUCUGCUUUCGAGGAUGACCAAUGGCCGGUGUAUUAUCAGACUUAUGCCGGUGGCAAUAAUAUGGCAUUGAGUGAAACAGAGCUAGAUACCGUCGAACCCACGCCAACUAGUGCCGAUGCAACCCUGCCUGUGCUCGAGACGCCGACGCCCACACCUCAUACCAACGGGGUACAUGCCGAGCUCUGA